AUGGCCCAUAAGGACACGCUCUUCCGCUCGGCGGACAUGUCCCUGACCCAGCUCUACAUCUCCAACGAAAUUGGCCGCGAAGUCGUUUCUGCUCUGGGUGAAAUUGGCGUUGUGCAAUUUCGAGACCUCAACUCUGACACCACGGCUUUUCAACGGACCUUCACCAAAGAGAUCCGACGCCUCGAUAAUGUUGAACGGCAGCUGCGCUACUUCCACUCCCAGAUGGACAAAGCAGGCAUUCAGAUGCGCAGCCACUGGGACUUCGACCAGGACAUGCUCGCCGCAUCUCAGGCGAGUGAGAUCGAUGAGCUCGCCGACCGAUCUGAAGCUUUGGAACAUCGCGUCAGCAGCUUGAACGAGAGCUAUGAAACGCUGAAGAAACGAGAAGUCGAGUUGACGGAGUGGCGAUGGGUCCUGAAAGAGGCGGGCGGUUUCUUUGACCGUGCCCAUGGACAGAGUGAUGACAUCAGGCAGAGCGUGGACGACGACGACGAUGCUCCUCUCCUCCGUAACCAGGAGGCUGAAGAGGGCAGAGCCAAUGGCGACGUUGGCCAACAGCAGAGCUUCGCAGUCAUGAACAUCGGCUUCGUGGCUGGUGUCAUUCGCCGUGAAAGGCUGCCAGCUUUCGAACGCAUCUUGUGGCGUACGCUUCGUGGAAACUUGUACAUGAACCAGUCAGAGAUCCCCGAACCGAUCAUCGACCCGGAGACGAAUGAGGAGAUCCGUAAGAACGUAUUUGUUAUCUUUGCCCAUGGCAAAGAGAUCAUUGCAAAGAUCAGGAAGAUUUCCGAGUCCCUUGGGGCAGACCUCUACAACGUCGAUGAGGACGCCGACAUUCGACGCGACCAGAUCCACGAAGUCAACACUCGCCUCAGCGAUCUCGCCAGUGUCCUUCGCAAUACCAAGAAAACACUCGAUGCGGAGCUAACUGCGAUUUCCCGAUCGCUUGCUGCGUGGUUGAUUGUGAUUAAGAAAGAGAAGGCCGUCUACAAUGCUUUGAAUAUGUGCUCGUAUGAUCAUGCCAGAAAGACCUUGAUCGCCGAAGCUUGGUGUCCCACGAACUCACUCCCCCAGAUCAGAGCGACUUUGCAAGAUGUCAAUGAUCGUGCCGGGUUAUCUGUUCCCACGAUUGUCAACCAGAUCAAGACCAACAAGACACCUCCAACCUACAACAAGACGAACAAGUUCACGGAAGGGUUUCAGACCAUUAUCAACGCAUACGGUACUGCGAAAUAUCAAGAAGUCAACCCUGGCCUGUACACUAUUGUGACCUUCCCGUUCUUGUUUGCAGUCAUGUUUGGUGACUUUGGUCAUGGAUGUCUGAUGACUAUGGCUGCCGCUGCCAUGAUCUACUGGGAGAAACCGCUGCUGAGGUCCAAACAAGAUGAGCUCUUUUCGAUGGCCUUCUAUGGCCGAUACAUCAUGCUCAUGAUGGGUAUUUUCUCCAUGUUCACCGGUCUUAUCUACAACGAUGUCUUCUCCAAGGGUUUCACGCCAUUCCCAUCCGCUUGGGAGUACCCUGAAGAAGGACGGCCCGAAGUCACGGCCCAUCUCAAAGGAAGUUAUAGAUAUCCGUUCGGUCUGGACUGGGCAUGGCACGGAUCCGAGAACGACCUUAUCUUCAGCAACAGCUUAAAAAUGAAGCUCGCUAUCCUGAUGGGCUGGUGUCAUAUGACUUAUGCGUUGUCCUUUUCCUACAUCAAUGCUAAGCACUUCAAGUCACCGGUUGAUAUCUGGGGCAAUUUCGUCCCUGGAAUGAUCUUCUUCCAAGGUAUCUUUGGGUACUUGAGCUUCUGCAUUGUCUACAAAUGGUCUGUCGAUUGGAAGGCAGAGGGCCGAAACCCGCCUUCGUUGCUCAACAUGUUGAUUCAGAUGUUUUUGUCUCCCGGCAAUGUCGAAAAAGGCGAAGAGCUCUACAGUGGUCAGGCCGGAGUCCAGGUGUUUCUGCUGCUCAUUGCAGUCAUCAAUGUGCCCAUCCUCCUGCUCCUGAAGCCGUUGUACCUCCGAUACCAACACAACAAGACCCAGGCCAAGGGCUAUCGUGGUAUUGGUGACACUCGUCGCGUCACCCACGCCACUGAUCUCGACGACGCCGAUGAGCACACUAGUCUUCGCGCAAACGGCCGCGCAAGUGAAGACACCAACGAUGAAGGCGCCAUGAUCACCGAGAAUAUCGACGACGAUGAACACGAAGAAUUUGAGUUUUCGGAAGUUAUGAUUCACCAAACUAUUCAUACCAUCGAAUUCUGUCUGAACUGUGUUUCCCACACCGCUUCAUACCUGCGUCUCUGGGCCCUUUCUCUUGCUCAUCAGCAGUUGUCUGUUGUGCUGUGGAGCAUGACCCUCGGAGGCGCCUUUACUACAACUGGUGCUAUGCAAAUCCCGAUGAUUAUCAUUACGUUCUACAUGUGGUUUGUCUUGACCAUUGCUGUUCUGUGUAUCAUGGAAGGUACUUCUGCCAUGUUGCACAGUUUACGUCUGCAUUGGGUCGAAGCUAUGAGUAAGCAUUUCGUUGGCGAGGGUAUACCUUUCGAGCCUUUCAGCUUCAAGCUGUUGCUUGAGGAAGAUCCUGUGGACUAA